AAAUAUAAUGAUUUACUUGAAACUGGAGAAUUUUCAGAUAUUGAAAUAUUGGUCAGAGAGGAAUCAAAUCCCAAAAUGUUAAACUUACAUUCUUGCAUCUUAAAACUUCGUUCAAAAUAUUUUUGUACCUUAUUAACUGGUAAUCGCAUUAAAACUAAGAAUAACGUUAUUAAACUUCAAUAUCCUGGUAUUUCUGUUAAAAUUUAUGGAAAUACUUAUCAA